UGGACCCCCUGGUUAGUUGAGGCGCCUUGACUCCUCAGCAACCAUGGCGUCGUGAUACUCGUGCUGGCCUGCCAUAGAAACCCACCAAUUACAAUAAACUAAUUCUGUGGCCGCUUGUAAAGGACUAUAGUCCCGACUGGUGCCAAAUUAUAAAAGAAGAAGAAGAAAUUAGGUCCAGCCAUGGAAAAUGGCACAAAUGGUUCAUUGAACGGGGAAGAGCUGCAUGUAUCUACUUUAAAAACAAAUGAACGCAAAGACAUUGUGUACCUGAAUACUACAAGAAAUAAACCAGAAGAUGCAUCCAACAUACGUAAAAGACAGAGAGAAGGAAGUAUCGGAUCAUUGGAUGAAAAGGUUUCACGAAAUAGGCGUAAUAGUAGUUCGAGUUCAAGUACCUUAUCCUCUGGCAAUGGUAAAAAGGAAGUUGAAUAUGAAACAGAUCCUGCAGUGCUAGCACGUAGACAAAAAGAAAUAGAUUAUGGGAAAAAUACUAUUGGAUAUGACAGAUAUAUUCAUGCUGUUCCCAAAAAGGAACGUACAGCUGAACAUCCAAAAACACCACCAAAAUAUGCAAAGUACAGUAGAAGAGGAUGGGACGGUAUGGUCAAACUGUGGAGGAAACAGCUACACUUUUGGGAUCCUCCAGAAAAUAGUGGCAGUACCAGUGAAAAUGAAAGCAGUUUGCCACCUUAGCACAACAGAUCUGUGAUAUUUCAUUCUGAGAAUGAAAAGAUCAUACUUAUAUACUGAACUGAACUUAUUAAUAUAAUUUAUCUUAUAUAAAUCAUCAAAAAAGUUAUCAACUAUGUAAGUUUUGUAACGCUGAAUUAUCCUAUGUGAACUUGUCACAAUCAUAGACUGUAAAAACCAGAAAAUAAAGAUUAUAUACAGCUUAA